GCAAAAGCCGCGGCGGCAGCAUGGCUUCUCGGGCUAAGCGGAGGCGAGCGGGUGGCCCGCCCGAUUGCCGGGAGGAGGAAGGCGGCGGGGAAGAGGAGUCAGACUCGGACCUGGAGAGCGACGACGACGACGACGAGGACGAGGAGGGGGAGGAGGAGAUUAACGAGGAAGUAAAUAUUGAAUUUGAAGCACAUGCAAUAUCUGAUAAUGAUAAAAAUGGAAUUAAAAGAUUGCUGCAACAGCUGUUUCUAAAGGCUCCUGUAAAUACAGGUGAACUGACAGAUAUCUUGAUACAACAAAAUCAUAUUGGGAGUGUUAUCAAGCAGGCAGAAGUUUUAGAAGAAAGUGAUGAUGAAGAUGAUGAUGAGAUUUUUGGCUUUAUAAGCCUCUUAAACCUGACUGAAAGAAAGGGUACUGAAUGUGCUGAGCAAAUUAAAGAGCUGGUUUUAAGCCAGUGUGAGAAGAACUGUGAACAGAAUGUGGUCGAACAGCUGGAUAAGCUACUAAGUGACACUUCCAAGCCUGUGGGCUUACUGUUAAGUGAAAGAUUCAUUAAUGUACCUCCCCAGAUCGCUCUGCCCAUGCACCAACAACUGCAGAAAGAAUUGAUAGAAGCGCAGAGAACAAACAAGCCUUGUGGAAGAUGCUACUACUAUCUUUUAAUUAGCAAAACCUUUACCGAUAAGAAGAGUGGUGUUAAGAAAAAAGGAAGUAGUACCCACCAGAAAGAGGAGCUCAUGUUUUCAAAUGCUGAAGAGGAAUUCUUUUAUGAGAAGUCACUUCUGAAGUUCAGUUAUUCUGUUGAAGAGGAAAGUGAUUCGUGUUUGGCAGGCAGAUGGUCUUUUGAAGACGUACCCAUGAAACCUUUGCGAACAGUGAUGGUAAUCCCCAGUGACAGGAUGGAUGCCAUCAUGGAUAAACUGAAAGAAUACCUUUCUGUCUAAACUAUUUUCUCUGCUAAUAGUUUUGUGCAGUCAUCCUUUAAGAGAUAUUUGAGGGACGUCUGGAGUCGACUAUCGAUUAUGCAUCCCCUCCAUCUCUGUAUUUUUUUUUGUAAAAUAAAGCAGUUAUCCAGCUAGCCACAUGCAAAUUCUUUAUGGUGCAAUAAAUAUAUUCUAAUGAUUAUUAAAUAACUGUUGAAUACUUUUCUUAGCUAUCAAUUUCCAUAUUGCCAAAGAUGGUAGAAAAACUUGUUCUUCUCUUCUUGUUCUCUUGUAAAAUACCUCAUUGGUCACAUAUUUGGCAGUAUAACCCAGUAGGUUUAAAUCUCAACUGCAAAUUGUUAGAAGUUAAGAAGUUGGCACAAGGUGUUUGCUGUUGCAUGUUGGGUCACAUGAUUUGUACAAUAACAAAUGCCUGUGCUGACUUCUUGGCAGAAAUUCACCGCUAACAUUUAUGCUGAUUGAAUUAUGCCAGCCUAACAAAUGUAACAUGAUUCCAGUCACCAUAUUAUAAAAAAUUGAUACUGGGAUUAGAUCAUAUGUAAAGCUUACCUAUUUCAACAUAAUUUGGAAUAUGAAACAUUUUCAGUGAUGCAACAUUGUUGAGCAGGUUUUUCAGGAUAUUUUUCAUAUAUUUAUCUUCACCUUGUGUUUUUUUGUUCUUUGUUGCUUGUCCUUAAACAUCCCUUGCUGUUAAACUGGUGAUAAAUGUUGAACAAUCUUGCUCUAAUUAACAGGCAAAUUACUAAAGUGAGGUGCCCACUUGGCAAAUCUGAUAAAAAACAGAAUAAACAUAGGUGGAAAUAAGACAAAUAUUUCUUCAUAUUUUCUAUAGCUGUUUUAUUACUAAUGCAACAGAUACUUAUGGGGAGGCUUAUUUUGGUGCAGAAAGUAAAUCUUCCAAAGGAAGUGUACAUACAAGCUUAUUCUAUUAUCUUUGCAAAUUAGGAUGCUUCCCCUAUCCUUGAAUAAUUGCUUCUGAUAUUUUGCAGAUUGUAUUUUAAACUGGGGUGUAUCUUAGCCAAAUCACUAUUCCUUUGAAUGUGUGUUAACCCAAAAGGGCCAUGACUCAUUACAUCCUGCCAGUCAUACUGAGAUAGAGGGACCAAUGGUCUGACUCUACAUAGGGCAGCAUAUUGAAUCCUUUUUGCACUAAAACAGGUUUAGUGUUUAGCAGACUAUUCUGCAUUCUGAAGGUAGCUUUCUGCAGUAUUAUUUACAGCAGCUUUUUCCUAAUUAAUUAAUGCAGCAUUAAUUUUUUUAGUUCAGUCGGCAAUUUGCAAAGAUAAUACUGUAUACUUGACAGUAUACAAAGAUAGUAUACAGGAAUUGUAUCCUGUCAUGAAUGAAACCCUCACAGAACUCCAAAUGGUUGGAGCUACUGGCUGCAGUUUGCCCACAAACAGACAAGUUGAAUCCCUCUUAAGUGAAAACAUGAUGAAAGACACAUUGGAUAUUUCAAAGUAUUUAAGAUAAUUUUCAUAUGUUUGGAUAUGAAAAUUAUCUUAAAUACUUUGAAAUAUUUGAGGGUUUAUCAAAUAUUGCAGUACAGUACUGUCUUUUAAUGAUGUAAGCUGCCUUGAGUCAUUUUAAGGAGAAAGGCUGGGUUAAAAUAUAUUCGAAAUAAAUAUAUCAGCUAAUUUUUAUGGUAUAACUUGCAGUGUCCUUAAGGUCUUUAUGUUAUAUAGUAAGCAUUUUCAUAUUAUUAUAGGGUUAAAUUAUAGAAGCCCUAGCUGAAGAAAUUGCAUAUUCCAAUGUGGGUUGGCUGGAAUAAACAUUUUUCAGCACUUUC